CAGUUGUUCCGCCCAUUGCGUAACACGCUCUCACUCGUUCCAUUCAGUACUUUCUGUUUGUUUUCCUGACGCCGUCAACAGGAGUGCAUUCAUCAGCCUCAGCAGCAACUGGAGCAGGGAGGAAGAGCUGGCAGGUGGACUUUAGGUCGUAAACCACCAACCCACUUUAGCGAUGGACAUUACCGUGGUUUUGAGCUGCUCUCUGGGUGCUGUCCUUGGGGCUGUGAUCCUUGCAUCUUAUAAACUGGGCUUACUUUACCAACUGUUUCAUAAGACUGAGACACAGAGCCCUCGACAUGGAGGAGAGAGCGUGGCGGAGGUUUUGCGAGCUCAUGGGGUCAAAUUUGUCUUCACGUUGGUGGGAGGACACAUCUCACCCAUCCUGGUGGCCUGUGAGAAACUGGGCAUCCGCAUUGUUGACACACGCCACGAGGCCACAGCUGUGUUUGCUGCUGAUGCCGUAGCAAGACUUUCCGGUACAGUUGGUGUGGCUGCGGUGACGGCAGGGCCAGGACUGACGAACACAGUGACUGCGGUGAAGAACGCUCAGAUGGCCGAAUCACCGCUGCUUCUGAUUGGUGGUGCCGCUGCUACUCUCUUACAGGGAAGAGGUGCACUUCAAGAUAUUGACCAAAUGUCCCUCUUCAAGCCUCUCUGUAAGUUCUGUGCAUCAGUGAGGACCGUGAGAGAAAUUGUUCCCACUGUCAGAAAAGCCUUGGCCAUCGCACAGUCUGGCACACCAGGCCCAGUGUUUAUAGAGUUUCCCAUAGACACACUGUACCCUUACCAUGUGGUGGAGAAAGAGUCUGCCUCUAAAAACACUCCCAAAGGCCUGAUGGGGAGAAUCAUUGCAUGGUAUCUCCAGAAUCAUUUAUCAAACUUGUUUGCUGGAGCAUGGGAGACAUGUGAUCUGUCCCCACUUCCUGUUCACAUCCCACACGCCACAGAGGAUGAGGUCCAAAGGUGUGUGGAAUUGGUGAGCAGAGCCAAGAAACCCGUCAUACUGUUAGGCAGUCAGGCGACAUUGCCCCCUACACCAUCAGAUGAUGUCAGAAAGGCCUUAGAAUCUUUAGGCAUUCCCUGCUUCCUGGGUGGAAUGUCCCGAGGGAUGCUGGGAAAGAACAGUCCACUGCACAUUAGACAGAACAGGAGAGAUGCCUUGAAAGAGGCUGACCUUGUGCUACUGGCAGGCACAGUGUGUGAUUUCAGACUGAGUUACGGAAGAGUGCUGAACAGACGGAGCAAAAUCAUCGCCGUCAACAGAGACAGGAGUCAGUUACUGAAGAACUCAGACAUGUUCUGGAAGCCAACAGUGGCUAUUCAAGGCGAUGCUGGUUCUUUCCUCCUGCGUCUCUCAAAAGCCCUGAAGGGACACAGAUGUCCAGAGGAAUGGCCUAGGAGCCUGAAAGAGGGAGAUGCCAUCAAAGAGAAAGCUAACAGAGCAAAAGCGGAUGAGAAGACAGAGAGGCAUUUGAACCCUCUGAGUGUUUUGCAUCGUGUGGAUGAGCUCUUGGCUGAGGACAGCAUCAUAGUGGCCGAUGGGGGUGAUUUUGUCGGCAGCGCUGCAUAUAUCAUGAGACCACGGGGCCCGAUCCGCUGGCUGGACCCAGGGGCCUUUGGGACUCUGGGUGUUGGUGGAGGGUUUGCUCUUGGAGCAAAGCUUUGUCGACCUGAGUCUGAGGUAUGGAUCGUUUACGGCGAUGGUUCCCUCGGAUAUAGCGUGGCUGAAUUUGAUACCUUCACACGUCACAAGAUCCCAGUGAUCGCUCUGGUGGGAAAUGAUGCAUGCUGGAGUCAGAUCUCCAGAGAACAAGUGCCUAUGCUCGGGAGCAACGUGGCCUGCGGUCUUGCCUUUACAGAUUAUCAUAUUGUAGCUGACGGUUAUGGGGGCAAAGGUUACCUGAUUGGCCGAGAGGAUGAGUCGCAACUUGAUGACAUCAUCAAAAAGGCGCAAAAGGAGUGCAGAGAGGGAAAGGCCAUUCUGCUGAACGUUCUGAUUGGAAAGACCAGCUUUAGGGAAGGUUCAAUCUCAGUUUAGAGAGAAACACACUGUGCACCAUCCUGCCUAGAUACCCAAAGUCUUUCUUGUGUUGUAAUGUUUAAAAUAUGCCACAGGACACACCCUUAUAUGGAUUCAGCAGCUUUUUUAAAAGAGAUCAAAGCAAAAUAUCAGAUAAAGAUCAGAUAUCGAAAAAGUUUCUUCCGUUAUGUUGUGACCAAUAGGAUGUUCAAAGCAAAACUCUAAAGAACAAGUCUCGGUCAUAAUUCAUCCCAAAACCAAAAUUGACCAAAAGUGAUAUAAUGUAAAAAAUAUAUAUAUAUGAAACUUGUGUUUUGGAUCAUUAAGAAUUUUUUUCAAAUACGACAUUACAUAAUCCCCCAACUCUCAUUACCUUGAAGCAAAAAAGGGAGAAAAUAAUGAUAUAUCAUUGAAAUUGUAUUUUAAAACGUAUUUGUAUACAUUUGUAGUAUGUCUUGUUCUUUAAUUAAUGCACAUUUUUUUAAAAGUUACGUACUGGGCAGUAUGUAAUAUUACAUUGUACAGUAAUAAAAAUAUAUAUUAAUAAAUAUUCUCAAUACUGUACCAUUUUGGGCUGAAAUGUGAGCUUGGACAUGUUUUGCAACUACUUUUUUCAUUGAGCAGAAAAGGAACAAGCACAGUGCCUUUACUAUGUACAACAUUUUGUAAAAUGCUAGAAAAAUCUGAAUCCAUUUCAAAAUUUACAGUGUGAUGGUCCAGUAAAUUAUAUAUAUAUAUAUCACUUUAUAUAUGACUGUGUUGACAUAAUAAUAAUAAUGCAACAACGGAAUACUUGCGUGUGUUAUGUGAAGGUUUGCAGGAUUGAUUUUUCUACUUUAUACAGUGGAGUACCGGUAAUUACUGAAUGUUAAACUGGUCUUGUUCAGAAUCAAUUUUGCUAUAAAUAAUUUUCAAAAAACAGCAUCUGCAGCUAUUUUGGACAUUAAUAUUUCACUAAGUAAUGAAUCAAAUGGGUCUGUGUUUGUUUAUCUAGAAAUGUCAAUCUAAACCAAAGUAAUAUCCUAACAAAUACUUGGAAAUGCAGUCCUGUUUUUUCUGCAAUAUCACACCUGGAUAAUACCAUAAUGCGUCUCCUCGGUCUGUGUUUGAUCACUGCAGCAUCACCUACAAAAUUACCAUUUGGAUAUGGCUACAUAAUUUAUCAACAUUUAAUAAAUGUAAUAAAAUCUCUAAAAAACA